UUCUGCAGUGUGGCAUUUGGUUGGUGGUGUCUUUACUGAAAUCCCCAUGGAAGGAAGACCUGAGUGCAGUGUAGGAACCCUGAGAAGUGCUGAAGGGAACUGAACACGAAGAGUGCUGGGUGCAGAGAGCAUCUCUGUAGGAGCUGACUGCGUUUGUGGCCAUUCUCCAUCUCAGAAGCCAUUUUGGUUUUGCUUUUAAUAAAUUAAGGGCUAUUGAGAAGAGAAACUUGGAUAUUCAUUAGCCAAGCCAGUGAAGAACGUGGCAUUCUAAAUCCUUUCUGCAAUCCAUCGUUCAGACAAUCUGGUUAUUGACCUGGUUUGACCAUAGCUCUGUUACACCAUCAGAAAGAAACAACUUGAUCAUGGAGAGCUUUUCUCAUUGCUUUUUUCUUUCGGGAUGCAGUGGGGUUGGUGCUCUUGAAUCCCAUCUGCUUUCCAACCCAUGCAGAACCACUGGGUGCCGUCAACUCUUGGACAAUGAUGGGUGCCAGUGAUGCAGCCCUGCUCACCACUGAUCUCUGGAUGUCAAAAUCUUGUUCUCAUCAUCUUGGUCCUUUGGGGAGGACUUCAGAUUUUAGGAUAAGUGUCUACAGAGCAGAGCCAUACAGCCGCUAUGGGUGUCAUGAUUUCUUUGUGCUAAGCAACAUUGUUUUAGAGGUUCCAGCAAUUAAGAUGUAUUGUUUUAUAGUUUGCUGGGAAGAUUGAACUGGAACAGCAGCGUGGAAAUUCAUCUGAAAUGGCAUGGAAAUGUCAAGGAGUAGAAAGGAGGACUUAAUAAAUAGUCAAGCAGAUCCCAGUUGCUGGGAUACAGUGGGUUUAAACGUUCUGCUGCCUGGGAACUGGAACUCCUCAUCGGUUCUGACCCACACAGUGAUGUUCUGCCCCUUCCCUGGCAGUGUCAAGCUUCAAACCUGCCUCGCUGGGGGAUGCUGGUGAGAUUUCUGUUUGAAGAUGGACCAGAAGUUGUUCUGACUGCUGAAUUCACACGGUGCCACAUCCGAUGGCUGCCGCAAAGACCUUGGGGAGCGGCUGCAUCCUUGGCGUGAUGCUGCCUUGGGUUUUCUGCCUCCGGCUGGGGGCAGCUUCCUUUCCUAAAGUGACCAUCCCACCAGAGCUGCAGUCAGCAGAGGCUCACGUUGCAGUGAACGCCACGUCGUGCAGCGUCACCUGCGGCCUGGGCCUCCAAGUGGAGGAAAUGUGUGAGAUCACAGCAGCAGGGGAGAGGAAGAACUGCACCACGCGCCGCUCGCACUGCACCACCACGUGGGGCUGCGGUUUGCUGCACCUCACCGUCCCUAUGGGCAAACCCCUGGUGCUCAGCUGCCUGACCUCAGAUGUCAUUGAUUUGGGUGUCAGAGGGUACAGCUGUACGUGGAAACUCGCCCCGGGUCUCAUCACCAUGAAUGAUGUUUUGUUUGCACCUUUCAGAAACCCGGGUUUCGCCGUUGCCUUUUCCCCAACCAAGGAAUCUGAUGCUGGGACGUACCGCUGCGACGUGCGCGUGUUGAAGACGUUCAGGGUCAUCAAGAGGAUCUACUUUGGGCUCAGGGUGAUCCGAAAUGACUUGGUGGACCUGGACUUUGGCAAAUCCUUGACUCGAGAGCAGAAGCUGGCAGUCAGGAACGAGGAAGGAAUCGAAGCCAACAGCACCCUUGUAGACGUGGAGGAGAAGCUGUACUUUUGGCAAAGAAAAUCCUUUCAUAGAUCCUUGAUAGGGCUUGGAACCGGGCUGGUAGGGGUCGUCGUGGUGAGCCUGGCUCUCCGCUGCUUGCAGGAGUGGUUGAGAAGCAGAGCUGCAGAGAAUCAGACUCAGUUCUAGUGCGAUUUCUUGUCUCUGUCUCGCUUAUUGUCACAAGUAGAUCAACAUCAGUAUUGGUGCACUGUUUCACAAUGAGGUUUUGUGACACAGAUCCCUGAGGUCGGUAGCUGGAGCAAAAGAGGUGCAGAGAAGUGAAGAUGCUGCAGCUGGGUCCCUGCUGGGUCUCUGUGGUCCUUCCCAGCAGACCCCAAGGGAAUCUCCUCUUUCCAAGCAGCAGCACUGACACAGAGCAGUGCACACCCACAUUUAGGACACCUCGAGGAACCCACUGCGUGCCGGCUGCGUUCAUCCCACCCAGACCUCUCCUGUCUGUGGCUUUUUUGAUGGUGAGUGCCCCACAUCCUGGGAUAUAUAUGCAGCAGACUUUCAGAGCUCAUUUUGCUUCUGAAUGUGAAGAAAUUGUGCUCUGUGUGCUAUAGAUACACACCACAGGAGUGAGGAGGCUCCAUUCUGCAUGGGGUGAGACCUCCUCGGGUCCUGUCUGGGGCUGGAGGACCCUCUGAAUAGCAGGAGCAGGCAGAUGCUUCCUCGGGAGCUGGUGGUUAAAACCCACAAAGAAGCAGUCCCAUCUGGAGGAGUCCCCUCACACUUUGUAAUGCAAAUAUAGAGCUUGUUUCCUGUGGGCAGCCGGGUUUUAGAAAUGCAGAAAGAUGACAUGAAAGGUCCAGGAGCAUCCGUUUCCUCAGUGCUGAUGAGGAGGUCAAAGUGGGAGCCAAAGGAGUCCUUCAUCUUUUGAUGGUCCGCUCCCUCUUCUUGCCAAGGGGAGGCAGUUGCCCGGAGCAGGGAAGCUGAAUAUGGUUCUUUUAAUGUUUUAAGAUGGAAGGCAGUGAUGGACAGCGUGGCACCAGCACCAGGAAGGGCAGAACGGGGCCUUUGGCUGCAGUUUGAAAUGCUGCUUUCCCUGCGUGCUUUGAGUCUGCCUCUUCUCUCCCGUGUAACUGUUCUGCACUGCAGAAAAAAACGUGUCUUUUUGCUGGUAAUUUGUGCCUCAGCUUCUUUCUCCUCCAUUUCAGCAGUUGUUCCUCUGUCUCCCCCAGAGGAGGGGGCUGCACAGGGGCUGCCUGCACACCCCUCCUCACACUGAGGCUCUCUGUGGCACAAACUUCUGCAGCCUGCUGCUGGGCCCAGGUAUUAGGAAGCAAUUAGAAUUGCACAUGCUAAAGCCAAACAGAUUGUGUGAGGGAGGAAGUCAAUUUGCUAAUGGCAUUAGCACUUGGAUAGAAGGAGGCAAUAACAGAAUGGUGAGGCACAGGCAGCUGUUUAAAUUGCUGUUAGCUACUGAAGCUUAUCUAAAUUGAAUAACUAGAUUGCCUUAACUGCUGGAAUUUGAAUGGUAGCUAAGAGGAAAACAACCCCCAUAUGCUGCUCUUACACCCAGCCUGGCUCUGCCAUCCUCUGCACGCUGAUCUGUGUUAAUUCUUUUGCUCAGUCCCACAGUCUGCUGGGGUGCAUUGAGCAGUGCAGCUCACAGGCUGUUGCCCUCUUCUCCCUUUCCCAGCACUCUGCCUUCCCUCACUGCUGCUCUCCCUCCCUUUGGCUCAUUUGUUACUAUCUUGUUUGCUGCAGGCAUCCCUUAAACCUCAAGCAGGAUGGAGGGAGUGCCUGGAAAUGUGGCAAUUUUCUUCAAUAGCCACUUGUUUUGUAGAACAGCUUUCCUAGCCCGGUAUUGCAGAGGGUUUUACAACGUAGCAGUGGAUGUGGUUCGGUGGGAGCAACAACUGGGCUUGCAAAUGCAGCAGCAAUGCAGUGCUCAGCAAUGGGGCUCAGCUCAGAUGCCUGCAUACCUCCAGGAGAGGCUUUUAGCAGCAUCCUCGUGGCAUUGGUGGCACUGCUAAGAAGUAAGAAGGACCCUGUGAAAUUGGAUGACUUCCCUCGCUGAGCCAUAACAGCAUUGGAACAAAACCCGGGCGCUUAACUCGUCCCUGUCCUCUCCGCCUUGAAAUGAAGUAUCUCCAAGCCUUCUGCAUCAGGAGGAUCUCUCUCCAAACGGGUGGAUUUUCUCUUACCCUUCCCCAGACAACAAAGAAGCAAACAACAGA